AUGGCCAGGCCUAGGUCUGACGUGAUGGAUCCACGAAACGCGCCGCUCAGGAGUCAUCCUCCGGACAGGCCUCCAACUCAAGACAACACCGAGGAGGAACGUUUGCAUUCCGUUGUUCAUCCGCCACGUGGAGCUGUGCCUCAAAGCGAGCAACGUAACCAAUCUCUCAGUCCUUUCAAGCGACGAGACCAUUCGGAGCUGCCUCGAAUCCAGACCAGUAAGCUGGAAAAGUUCAUUCCAAAGUCCUCGACUGGCCCGUUGGGUACUUCGGACUCGGACUUCAGCAGAGAGCGGACUUUGCUGUCCGAAGUGAUUGACAGACAGCUGUUUGUCUCGAACGAAGCCACCAUUCCCGGAGAGGAGCAUCGGGACGACAGUCAUUCCCAGCACGAUGGAUCCCUGAAUGAGAAAGAUAAGGAGGCGUAUCGAAAGUUUCGUGAAAGCCUGAGCAGCCUGGAUGAUUCUUCCAGUGACCAGGAAGACCAAGGUGAACGGUGUGAUAGUUUGAUGGCCGAAAAGAAAGACCAAGUUAGACUGUUUCGUUCCAGUCUGCUUGCUGGUGCCAAGGUCCAGGAAGAUCGACGCGGCCGCGCCAGACGCCGUCUGACCCCCCGGACCAUUGUCAACGAGAGCAAAGACUGCGUCCUUGGGGUUCAAGAAAAUGACAGCCUUUCUCCCCCCGAGACGCUGAACCCCAUUACCUCUUCCGAGGAAGACACCGAAGAAUCUCUGGAUUGCCUCAUUGAAGAUCUGCAUGCGGAAGACGGAAACCACCCUGAUGUGGAUGAAAUCACCAUCCGGGGUGAGGAAACUUGCCAAAUUCCUGCUGAUAUGGUAAACACCAACAUCAACGAGGGUCUCAGUGAGGCAGAGGUGGUGCUUCGGCGCAAGAAGUAUGGCUGGAAUCGUAUGAAGGAACAGAAACGAAACCACUUCCUGAAUUUUAUUGCCUUUUUCAAUGGCCCGGUCCAGUGGGUCAUGGAGAUUGCCAUCUUGCUAGCCGCCGGCUUGCACGAUUGGAUCGAUCUCGGAAUAAUCUGUGCUCUGCUCCUAUUGAACGCCGGGGUCGGAUUUGCCCAGGAGUAUCAGGCGGGCAACAUUGUCGACAGCCUCAAGGAAACUCUUGCCCUGAGAGCUCGGGUCGUUCGCAACGGUGUCAUCGUGGAGAUAAGUGCUGAAGAGGUCGUCAUUGGGGAUAUCAUUCACCUGCAAGAUGGCACAAUCAUUGCGGCAGACGGUAGACUGAUAGGUGACGGAGCCUAUAUUCAGGUCGAUCAGUCUGGAAUAACGGGUGAAUCUCUCGCCGUGGAUAAGCAUAAAGGGGAUCUUGUCUUUGCUUCCUCAGCUGUCAAACGUGGGACUGGGGUCAUGGUUGUGACUGCCAUUGGUGAUCAUACCCUUGUCGGAAAUGCAGCCGUCCUGGUUAGCAAGGCUGGCAAUACCACUGGCCACUUCACCCGCGUCCUGCGCGAAAUGGCCCGUGUUCUUCUGAUUCUGGUGCUUUUCACCCUCCUUGUUGUCUGGAUCAGCAGUUAUUAUCGCUCGAACCCGAUUGUCCAGAUACUCGAGUUCACACUUGCACUCACCGUCGUCGGAGUCCCCGUCGGUCUUCCCGUUGUUGUCACCACAACCAUGGCUGUCGGUGCAGCUUAUAUGGCAAGACAACAGGCCAUCGUGCAAAACCUCUCGGCCAUUGAGUCCUUGGCUGGAGUGGAGGUCCUCUGUUCGGACAAAACGGGAACACUCACGCGCGGGAUCGAUGCUAUCGACAAGGUGUUCAUCAAGGGUCUCCGCGACUAUCCCUUGGCCAAAUCUCAAAUUGUUUCGUACAAGACUCUUGAGUUCGUUCCGUUUGAUCCGGUGUCAAAGAAAGUGACUGCAUAUGUGCAAGCCCUGGAUGGUGAGAAGGUCACCUGUAUGAAGGGUGCUCCUCUGACUAUUCUGAGAAUAGUGGCGAAGGAAACUGCUCUGUGCAGGCAGUUUACCGCGGAAUUCGAGGCAAAGGUCAAUGAGUUUGCCAGCCGAGGAUACCGUGCACUGGGAGUUGCCCGCAAGCGCCAAGGACGUCCCUGGGAUAUUCUGGGAAUCAUGCCAUGCUUGGAUCCCCCACGCCACGAUACUGCUAAGACAAUUUCCGAAGCCCAAGACCUGGGACUCUCCAUCAAGAUGCUCACUGGAGAUGCGGUAGCCAUUGCACGCGAAACGGCGCGUAGACUCGGUCUCGGCACCAAUAUCUACAACGCUGAACGACUCGGUGUCACUGGCGCUGGCUCUAUGUCUGGCUCGGAGGUGAACGAUUUUGUCGAGGCCGCUGACGGCUUUGCAGAAGUGUACCCCCAGCACAAGUACAAUGUGGUAGAGAUUCUCCAGCGACGCGGCUAUCUGGUGGCAAUGACCGGUGACGGUGUGAACGACGCUCCUUCUCUGAAGAAGGCAAACACGGGUAUUGCGGUGGAGGGCGCAUCCGAUGCGGCCCGCUCUGCUGCUGAUAUUGUCUUCUUGGCACCUGGCCUGUCUGCCAUUAUCGAGGCGAUCAAGAUCGCUCGCCGGAUUUUCCACCGCAUGUACUCAUACGUUGUGUUCCGAAUUAGCCUGUCCAUCCACCUGGAACUCUUCCUCGGACUCUGGAUGGUGAUCAAGAAUGAGACUCUCGAUCUCCGCCUGGUUGUUCUCCUCGCCAUCUUUGCUGACAUUGCGACCUUGGCCAUUGCUUAUGACAAUGCUUCGUAUUCUCAGUCCCCCGUCAAAUGGAACCAGCCAAGACUCUGGGGAGAGUCAAUUGCCCUAGGGUUCAUUCUUGCAGCCGGUACCUGGGUGACAUUGGGCACCAUGCUGUUGCAAGGCGAGGAUGGAGGUGUGAUCGAAGGCUGGGGCUCACGAGAUGAGGUCUUAUUCCUUGAGAUUGCUCUGACCCAGAGCUGGUUGAUUCUGAUAACUCGUGUCAGUGGAUCUGAAUCUGGGUCGUUCUGGGCCAACUUUCCAUCGGUUUAUCUUAUCGCUGCGGUGCUUUCUGUCAACCUGACCGCAACCUUGAUGGCUGCUUAUGGUGCCUUUGGCGAAGCCACCUCCUGGUUGACUGUCCUCCGUGUGUGGAUUCUCUCCUUUGGGGUGACAUGUGUGAACGCACUGGCUUACGUCGUGAUGCAUAACUCGCAACGGUUCGACAACCUUAUGCACGGUAAAGGUCCUCGUAAGAGAGACAGAGAGCGCUCCUGGGAAGACUUCGGUCUUGACAUGCAGCGAAUGGCCAAACAGCAUGAGAAGCACGAGAAGAGCAGCUAG